GCGCCUUCCCACAGUGCUCCACGAGAGUCGCUAUGGAGGCCGGCAGGACCGCGGUGUUGCGCGUGAAGCGGAAGCGUAGCGCGGAGCCUGCCGAGGCUCUCGUGCUGGCCUGUAAACGCCUCCGGAGCGGCGAGGUCGCGUCGUCUGCUCAGGAGACGCGGGAGGGUCCGGAGACAGCGGCUGAGAGCAACGUUUUCCAAUUGGUUGCUACCGUGCGCUCCCAGGAAGAGCCAAUCCAGCAGCUUGUGCGGGCCGCCCUGCGCCCGUCCCGGAGCAGCCAGCUGCGUAUUCGCCGCGAUCUUCGUGCCUCGGUUCGCGAGGUCCGUAAAGAGGGCCGCUACAAGGUAGUCUCCAGCCACCGAUCUUCUGGGAUCUCCGGUAGUUUGGAGCCCCAGUGUGUGUCAGAAGCCGUCGGGGAUGCAGGCUUCCAGCUGCUGGACCUGGUCCACGAGGAGGGAGACCCAGAGGCGGCUGCCACAGACUGCUGCCAAACCUGUGAUCCAGAUGUGAUCCUCUGCAAUUCAGUAGAGUUGAUCCGUGAGAGGCUGACUGUAUCUGAAGAUGGACCACAAGUGGAACAUCAGAAGGAACCAAAGCAUAAUGAUGACUAUGUAUAUGACAUUUACUAUAUGGAGAUGGCCCCUCCAGGAUGGAUUGAAAACAUCUUAUCUGUGCAGCCCUACAACCAGGAGUGGGAGCUGGUGAAUGAUGAUCAGCAACCAGAAGACACAUAUGAUGAUGAAGAUGAUGAAAACAGUGAAAAUAAUUGGCGCAAUGAGUACCCAGAUGAACAAAGCAGUGAUGGAGAUGAAGAUUCUAGAGGUUCUAAUGAAUACAACAGCUUCAGUGAGGAGGAAAGAGACAGCAGGCACUUGAUGUGGAGCAAGUACCCUUUGGAUGUGCAGAAGGAGUUUGGCUAUGAUAACCCCCAUGAUCUGGAUUCAGACUGAUGGUCUCGUGAGAUUCUUCCACAAGCCCUUGAGGGCUUGGUGACUGCACUACCAUCAUCUUAGGAUGCUUAACUGAACACGUAGAAAGAAAAACCACCCCAGCACAGUAAAGACUUAACUAAGUGCUAAGUGAAGCCAAGAAUGCUGGCUCAUGCCUGUGAUUUCCAGCAUUCAAGGAUCUGGGAGCAAAAGGAGCACUGAAAAUGCAAGACUAGCCUAGGCUACAUAGAAAGUUCUAGGCUAACCUGGGCAAAAUAAGAUUCUAUUAAAAGAAUAAAAAUAGUAAGUGAUCCUACAGUCUGAAAAAUAAAAUGAUGUAAAACCUCCAGCUCAGGUGGUUUUUCCGUCAUUCUACUUCUGUGCUCAAGCCUAAAAGGAGCUUGUGAGAGGAAGCACCUUACUUCAUCAGCAGUAUAAUUUACCUUCCCUACUGGAGUGCCUGCCUCCAGUGAAGCUUGUUUUCUUUGAUGGAGGUCAUCUCUACAAGGGCAACAGUGGCUCCCCUGCCUGAGCUAUGGGAGAUCCCACCCCACCCCUGGACUUUGAUAAUGGUUGUAAUGACUGCUCUCAUCUUUCGACAGUGGUGCCAAGGAACAGUAUUAUGUGAUAUUCUUUAAUAAAAAAUAACUUUAUACACA